AGGAUAUAUAUAACAUUUCUCUCUCUACAAUAAUGCUUUGAGAGUUUCAUAUUGUCAUAGUAUUUUUUGCCCAUAAAAAGAGAAGAAAAAGAAAUCAGUCUGCCUAUUUUUUUUUCAUUAUUUUAAAUAUCGUUUUUCUUUUUGAGUCUAUAUUUAGGCUUGGUGCGUUUUUACUGUCUUCAUCUAUUUUAUUUUUGUUCCCUCCACAAUAAAAGACAUUUUUUUUAUUGUUCUUCUCUUGUUGGCUUGAUUUCUAGAGGACAUUCCACCUCUGAUUCCCAAUAUUAUCUCAGAAUCAGCCUCAGGUUACAACCUCGAAACAUGGGAACAAAAAAUUAGAAUUACAGAGGAAGAAAAAAAACUAGAGAAAAAAAAAGCUGCUAUUCUUCUUGUCUUGUUUGUUCUGCCUGAAGAUUCAACUAACUUAACUCUAUGUACUUCUUUGUUGACUUUCAAGUCCAUCAAUCAUUUCAAUCUUCAAGACCAUUAAAUUUUCUUCUUGUUAGGCCAUCAUUUUGAAGAUCUUCCAUUCCUCUCUUCUUCUCAACUCCAUUCCAUCACAUCCUUGAAAAUUCUGUUCCUCCUAUUCAGAUACUUCUCAGAUCAAAUACCUUAACCAAAGCAUAUUUUUUACUUUUUUUUCUUUCCUUUUUGGUGCCAUUUUCAUCUGAGAUUUUCACAUAAUUACCAGAAAUGUUGAUAUAACCAAUAUGUGGUUAGAAACUAGCUUUUUUAGCCUUAUCACUAAAGCAAAUCUUUACUGGUGAUUUCUUCAAUCUGGGUUCUCAUUUUUUCGAAAGAAUCAUCAGUAAAGAUAGCUCUCGACCUAAACCAGCAUGUGUUCAGAAACUAGUCCACCUCGACUAUCUUUCGAUCGUAUUCCAAAUCAAGACCACCCGCACCACCUCCAGCCAAGAAGAGACUCAGCACUUCUGGACCUGAAUUGUGACUUUGAAUUCAGCAUUAAUAUUUGUUCAGAGCAAGAAUCUUCAUCAGCUGAUGAGCUCUUCUCUCAUGGAGUAAUCCUUCCCAUUCAACCUCGUGACAGAGUUAGCACUAUCAAUUUUCCUUCAACACAAACUCAAAACAGGGAAAGCCCAAGUCUUAAAUCUCUUCCUCCUCUUCCUUGGUCUGAGAAUAAUUCAAAGAGAGAAAAGCUUAAGGAAGUCACAGUAGUUUCGAACUCUGACAAUCUUUUGGAGCAGAGCAAUAAGCCUCAGUCGACCAAGUCUUUUUGGGGAACAUUCAAGAGAAGUAGCAGCCUAAACCAUGAGAACAAGAGAAGUUUGCUUUGUUCAUUGCCACUUCUUUCGAGAAGCAAUUCAACUGGUUCGGUCUCAAGUCAAAAGAAAACUACUUCGUUUAAGGAUGUUAACAAGUGCAAUAGUUCGCAAAAGCAGCCGUUGAUUCCACUGGUGAGAACAACAUCAUCAUCUUCGUCGUCUUCUUCUUCAUAUUCAAUGAUGCAAAAGCCGCCUUUGAAGAAAAAUUAUGGAGGGUCUUAUGGAAGUGGUAUUCGGAUCAUUCCGGUCUUAAAUGUACCACCUCCAUACAUUCCUAAAGGACUCUUUGGCUUUGGUAAAGAUAGAAAGAGUAAGAAAUGAGUGAUUUAUUUCAUGGUGGAAACUUGGGAAUUAUCUGUUUUAGUUCAUAUCUGUUAUGGUUUCACGCUCCUUGUUUUUUUUCCCAUACAUUUAUAUAAUAUUAGAUCAAAGAA